CCCACCAGACGCGCUAGGGGCGGCAAAAACGCGCUAUUCGCGCGAAGUUAAACGAUUGAACCUUUUGAAUGCAUUCGCGCGUCUAGAGCGGAGUAGACGCGCGGAAAAAGCAAGCAUUUGACGCGCGUCCGAGGCAAAAUCCGCUUCUUGUAGGAGGGGCCAGUGCUAUGCGGUUGUAUGUUUGCAAGAUGGCUGAUGAUGAGUGUGCUUUUAUCGAGAGAGUUGGCGGUUUGUAUUUGCUCUGGAGAGCAGAACAGCGGCGUAGGAGUCAGCGUCGCCGUAAUUGGGUCCAUCCGACCCUCCGGAGACGUUCGCAGUUUGGCGAGUUCCAUCAUUUGCUCCAGGAGCUGCGCCUGGAUGACGGCCGCUUUCAGCGAUACUUCCGCCUGUCUCGCGCCCAAUUUGAUGACCUGUUGUCCCGCGUUGGAGCGAGGAUCACCCUUCAGGACACCAACUACAGGCGCUCUAUCCCAGCUGCGGAGCGCCUGUCUAUCUGUCUUCGGUUAGUAAAUUUAUAUGUAUCGUUAUUUUAAAUACAGUAUAUUAUAUCCCUUACAAAAAUUAACCAUGGUUUUAUUGUGGUAAAAGUGUAGUAACCAUGUUUUUUUUGGUGUAUUGAUUACUAUGAGCAAAACCACGGUUUUACUACAAUAACCAUAUUUUUUUGUUUUAACUGUUGUUAAACCAUGAUUAAUUUUCGUAAGGGAUAUAUUAAAUACAGUAUGCUAAUAUACGCUAUCUAUCAAUGUUUUUCCAACUACGGAUACCAAAUCAACCAUGGCUUUACUACAGUUAAAACACAAAAACAUGGUAACUGUAGUAAAACCAUGGUAAUCACAAAAUAACCAUGGUUUUGAACAUAGUUUAAUUAUGGUUACUGUGGUAAAACCAUGGGUUUGCUUAUAGUAAUAAAUACACCAAAAAACAUGGUUACUACACUUUACCACAAUAAAACUAUGGUUAAUUUUUGUAAGGGCACUGUUGGUGCUCAGUAGGUCUUUGUAUUUUAAGUACUGAUUUAGUUUUAUGUGGACCUGAUUUUGUUCUAGUAUAAUAGUGGUUUAGACCUGGUUGAGUCCUACUUUUGUCCUGUGUUGUCCUAAUUUAGUCCUGGUUUUUCAGUCACAGUUUAAUCCUUGUUAAAUUUUGAUUUAGGCUUCCUUUAAAUUCAAUAAAGUGGUUGUAUUGCAGUUUGCUUAUAGUAAUAUAAUAAUAAUAAUAAUAAUAUAUUAAUAUAAUAUUAUUAUAAUAUUUAUAACUAUGUUUUCUAGGUUUCUAGCCACUGGAGACUCAUACAGGUCCAUAGCGUCCAGCUACAGGGUUGGUGUCUCCACUGUGUGCCAGAUCAUCCCCCAGGUAGUGACUGCCAUCUGGGACUGCCUUGUGGAGGACUACAUGGCUGUGCCCACCACUGAUACCUGGAGGUCCAUCGCAGAGGGAUUCCAGGAGCGGUGGAACUUCCCUCUGUGCUGUGGAGCGGUGGAUGGGAAGCAUGUGGUGAUGAAGGCACCCCCCAACUCAGGAUCUCAGUUCUACAAUUACAAGGGAACCUUCUCCAUCGUUCUCCUUGCAGUUGUGGAUGCGAAGUAUCGCUUCCGAGUGAUCGAUGUUGGGGGGUACGGCAGGACCAGUGACGGUGGGAUUCUGGCGAACUCCGCCUUUGGACAGGCUCUCCAGGCUGGCACCCUUCAUCUGCCUCCUGACCAGUCUCUUCCUGGAGCUGAAGAAAGAGGACCCCAGCCCCAUGUCUUCGUGGCUGAUGAAGCGUUUCCGCUGCGGAGGAACCUAAUGCGGCCCUUUCCUGGACGCUCCCUUCCUCCAGAGAGGCGUGUAUUCAAUUACCGUCUCUCCAGAGCCCGGCUGGUGGUUGAGAACGCCUUUGGCAUCCUCUCCUCACAGUGGAGGAUGUACCGGCGGGUCAUUGAGCUAAAGCCUGAAGUUGCAGAGAAGUGUGUGAAGGCAACAUGUGUUCUCCACAACUUCAUAAGAUGUUCAGAGGGGAGAGAGGCACCUGCUAUGAGGGGCGCAGGAAAUGCUGGAGAACAGCCGCUGCCAGGUCUGGGUCGGGUUGCGGCAAACAACUCCUCCAGAGAGGCUGUCCGGGUGAGGGAUGUAUUCAUGGCACACUUCUCGGCGGAGGGAGCAGUACCAUGGCAGCCAACAGAGUAGUGUUUGAAGUCCUACUUGUGACUUCCCCACAACGGCUCUUUUAAGAGCCACCCACCAACCUAUAAAGAGCAUCAUAAAAGAAUUUUACCUCCAUUACCAGUAAUCUUACAUAUAACAUAUUGCAUUUAAUCU